AUGUCGUCGUCAAACUUUACAGUGGAAUCGUGUAAAGUCGAUUCCGAGGAAGGGGUGAAUCUUCACACGAGAAUCUUCAAACCCAGAAACGUGGAAGCUAGCCACGAUGAUGGGAAUCUGGUGAUUGUCUUGGUCCACCCGUUCUCGCUCAUGGGUGGUUGUCAGGCUCUGCUCAAAGGCAUAGCUUCUGAGCUGGCCUGUAAGGGUUUCACGUCCGUCACCUUCGAUACAAGAGGUGCCGGAAAAUCAACGGGAAGGGCUACUCUCACUGGCUUCGCCGAGGUCAAGGAUGUGAUCGCUGUUUGUCGGUGGCUUUCCCAGAAUCUCGGUGCUCAUAGGAUCCUGCUCGUGGGUUCUUCUGCCGGUGCACCAAUCGCAGGAUCAGCAGUGGAGCAAGUAGAGCAAGUGGUGGGUUAUGUGAGUUUGGGGUACCCAUUUGGUCUAAUGGCCUCGGUUUUGUUUGGUCGGCACCACAAGGCCAUUCUCUCAUCCACUAAACCAAAAUUCUUCGUCAUGGGAACACAGGACGGUUUCACUAGCGUAAGCCAGCUCAAGAAGAAGCUGAAAUCUGCAGUGGGACGCACCGAAACACACCUCAUUGAAGGCGUUAGUCAUUUCCAGAUGGAAGGACCUGAGUAUGAUUCUCAGAUGGCCGAUGUCAUCUGCAACUUUAUUUCAUCCUUGUAA